AUUGACUUCACUUCCGACAAGUCAUUUUCAUUCUGUUGCCAUGACAACAAGGGACGCGAAAGAGUGGUACAUUAAAGAGGACGAAAUAAAACAUUCUAAAUAUGAGUAUAAUCCAUGAGGAUUUGGAGCCUGGUGUCAUUGACACAACAAUGAUAAUGAAAGCACUGGAAGAAGAGAGACCGGCAGGGGAAGAGGGCAGAUUGGUAGACGAGGAAGGAAUUGUACUUCAAGAGAUUAUAAGGCUCCGACUGGAGUUUUUAAAUAUCCUGAAGAUUGAUCAUUUGUGGAUGAUGACAUCAUUAGUGAAGCUUCACCUUGGUAAUAACAUGAUUGAGAAGAUUGAAGGUUUAAGCUUUUUGGCAAAUUUAAAGGAACUUGACCUGUCAUUCAACAAUAUUGAAAUUAUUGAAAAUCUGGAAGUACUCGUGAAACUGGAAGUAUUAACAUUGUUUGAAAAUCGAAUCAGUAAACUGGAGAACAUGGAAACUCUCGUGAACCUCAUGAUCUUCAGCAUCGGAAAUAAUCAAAUUGAAGAUCGUAAUGAUGUGAUUUAUUUACGUCAAUUUUCUCAUCUGUACUCCCUGAAUAUGGCAGGGAACCCUUGUGUAUGCAAUGGAAACAGAGAUUUUCGAGUUUACAUUUGUGCCUUCUUACCAAAGCUGACCUACUAUGAGUAUCGUAUCAUUUCAGCAGAAGAACGAGCAAUAGCGGAAGGCAGCUAUAAGGAUAUUCUACAGCAGCUAGAAGAAACAGAAGAAAAGAAAAGACAAACAAGAGAGGAUGCUGAAGCUCGGACUAUGGAACUGGCUCGCCAUACGGAAGCGUUUGUUGAGAACCUUGAUGGAGACCAGUUAUUCAGUGCCAUGUUUACAAAUGAUACAGACAGCAAAGCACUCUUUACAAUGGGAGAUGUAGCAACAGAUGUUUAUAAUAAGUUUCAUGAUGAAGCAAUGAAUGUGAUCCGUCAGCUUUUCAAGGUGGGACUGGAGCAACAUGAGAUUCGACAGGAAGAGAUAAGACAAUAUUACCAGUGUGUGGAUGCGGCUAAAGAGAUGAACACAGUUUCAUGCCAACAGUACACAGAAAAUUUUCUGGAGAGAAAAGCUGAGAUAUUUUUGAAGAUUCGCAAUAUCCUAAAAUCUAUACAAGACUUGCUGGACAUGGAAGAAAGUGCUGCUCAGGUGGAAUAUGUUGCCAGGGUGCAGAUCUUGAGUGACCAGUUUAAUAAGGAAUGCCAAACAGCUUGGUAUGAGCUCAUGGCACAAGAGCUCACACUCUACGAACAACUGGAGGAGGUAAAUGGCAGUUUUCAACAGAACAUGACUAACCUGGUAUCUGCCUUCAUCAAGGCAGCACAAUCGUUCUUUGUCCAAAUUCGAAAUCUGGAAGCUAGUUAUAGUGAAGAACUGUCGGAAGUUGCCCAUGCAUACCUUACCAAUUUAAAUGCUGGAACCGUUCUGGCAGUGCCAGAGCUAAAGCAGAUCAUGCUCAACAAAGAAUCACUGAAUAGUGCUAUAACACAAUCACAUGACACCCAUAUACAAACCAUUGAUAGCCGUGAGGAUGAACUGGUGACAAGGAUUCGAAAAUGGGUCGAAAGUUACUGUGACCAAAUCGCUACAGGUGAAGUGCAGCGCUCUCGUCAGAGAGUCAUAGAAAUCAAUCACUUCUUAGACAUCCAAAGGGAGCAAUUUGAAGAUCUUCAGACUUUACUGCUGAAUGCCAUGGCAUCUCUACUGCCCUCUGAGGAGCAACACAGUGAAACAGAACAAAAGCCGGAACCUCAGACUGCAGUUCCUCAACCCCUGGCAAGAGACAGCAAAGAUGCACCUACCAAUGCUGUACUAUCCAAGACCUCAACCACAGACGCAACUGCGGACGUCAACUCUGCUGUGGAACCAGAAACUAAAGGUGAAAAUAAAAAGCCAGCCGACUGGACAGUCAACAAGAUUUCAGCACUGCAAAAAGUUUAAAUAAGAAUUUUAAAUUUUUAGUGUUUCAUAAAUUUCUGGAUACGUUAUACGCAAGCACUUCUCAAUUUACAUUUCUGACAAUUAACUAUACAAUUUAUACACAUCUUUAAUAACAUGAUUUAUAUUUCAUUUCUUAAGUAUAAAAAUAUGUAACAUCUCAUUUUUUUGGCAUUACCAUGUAUAUAUGAAGCAGUUCCUCACAGGCUUAUAACAGGCUCUAAUCUCAUGUACAUAAUUAAUUCAACAGUUUCUGUAUGCCUCCUCUGUACCUGGCAUUCUGAAUGCUCCUAGCUGUUGCUAACAGCUCUGAUGAACACAGAAUGUUAAGUGCAACUUGGGUUUAACAGGGAACCGGGAUAUCAACACAACACAUCACGAAUCAAUGCCUCACCACACAACGAAAAGAGUAACAACCUAACAACAUAAUUGCAGAUUCCUAACCAACUACGAAGAAUUUUAACAAAUUUUAACUCAACAAUUUGUCUCAAUUAAAAUCUGUAUAUAAAACUUUGACUCAAUUUCAUGUACUAUGACCAAUGUAAUAGUAGUUUCCUCAACAUGUUGUUAUGCCUUCUGAGGAUGGUCAUUUACUCACCGAAACAUGUAAAGGCAUCAUAUAAAUAUAUAUUUGAGUGACAAGA